UGUUCUGAUUUGGGUAAAAUAUCAUGUCUAUGUUCUGAUUUGGGUAAAAUAUCAUGUCUAUGUUCUGAUUUGGGUAAAAUAUCAUGUCUAUGUUCUGAUUUGGGUAAAAUAUCAUGUCUAUGUUCUGAUUUGGGUAAAAUAUCAUGUCUAUGUUCUGAUUUGGGUAAAAUAUCAUGUCUAUGUUCUGAUUUGGGUAAAAUAUCAUGUCUAUGUUCUGAUUUGGGUAAAAUAUCAUGUCUAUGUUCUGAUUUGGGUAAAAUAUCAUGUCUAUGUUCUGAUUUGGGUAAAAUAUCAUGUCUAUGUUCUGAUUUGGGUAAAAUAUCAUGUCUAUGUUCUGAUUUGGGUAAAAUAUCAUGUCUAUGUUCUGAUUUGGGUAAAAUAUCAUGUCUAUGUUCUGAUUUGGGUAAAAUAUCAUGUCUAUGUUCUGAUUUGGGUAAAAUGUCAUGUCUAUGUUCUGAUUUGGGUAAAAUAUCAUGUCUAUGUUCUGAUUUGGGUAAAAUAUCAUGUCUAUGUUCUGAUUUGGGUAAAAUAUCAUGUCUAUGUUCUGAUUUGGGUAAAAUAUCAUGUCUAUGUUCUGAUUUGGGUAAAAUGUCAUGUCUAUGUUCUGAUUUGGGUAAAAUAUCAUGUCUAUGUUCUGAUUUGGGUAAAAUAUCAUGUCUAUGUUCUGAUUUGGGUAAAAUAUCAUGUCUAUGUUCUGAUUUGGGUAAAAUAUCAUGUCUAUGUUCUGAUUUGGGUAAAAUAUCAUGUCUAUGUACUGAUUUGGGUAAAAUAUCUUCAUCUUUUCAAUAUAAUGUUGUAAUGUUUGUGCCAUGA